CCCGCCCCCGUCUCCUCCCUCCGCCCGCCUCGCUCGCUCUCCUCCCCACGCCCCUGCUCAGCCCGCGGAGUGCAGGCGCGGAUCCGGGAGAGAGGGCGCCUUCUCCCAGCGCCGGCUGCGCCUUCCCCGCUCGCUUCUGUGCGUCCCGCAGCCGUGCGGCGCGACGGCGCGACUUUCCUCUGGUCCCGGGACGGCAGUGGGACAACUUGGAAAACUUCUCUGGGGCAGACUGCGGAGACGCCGGGCACUGGUGGGAGAGGUUGUGGGAGAGGGAUGGCUGGUCACGGGUGUCCCCGGACCUCCUAGGCCGCUUUCGGGCAGGCUAUGGGACAUCUGCACCGCCGGGGGGACGACCCCCAGCAGUAGCGGAGCCAGGGUGGCGCUGUCUCCCACGCGCCGUGGGUUUGGCCAGCACCGGUCCCUCUGGACGCGUCCGGCCCCACCAUGGACUACCAGGAGCCCUACUCGGUGGAGGCCACCGCCGCCAUCGCGUCGGUUAUCACCUUUCUCAUCCUUUUCACCAUUUUCGGCAAUGCGCUGGUCAUUCUGGCCGUGUUGACCAGCCGCUCACUCCGCGCACCACAAAACCUGUUCCUGGUGUCACUGGCGGCCGCCGACAUCCUGGUGGCCACUCUCAUCAUCCCUUUCUCUCUGGCCAACGAGCUGCUGGGCUACUGGUACUUCUGGCGCACAUGGUGCGAGGUCUACCUGGCGCUGGACGUGCUCUUCUGUACCUCCUCCAUCGUGCACCUGUGCGCCAUCAGCCUGGACCGUUACUGGGCAGUGAGCCGGGCGCUGGAGUACAACUCCAAGCGCACCCCGCGCCGCAUCAAAUGCACCAUCCUCACUGUGUGGCUCAUUGCAGCCGUCAUUUCCCUACCGCCCCUCAUCUACAAGAGCGACCAGCGCCCGGAGCCCCGCGGGCUCCCCCAGUGUGAGCUCAACCAAGAGGCGUGGUACAUCUUGGCUUCCAGCAUCGGCUCUUUCUUUGCUCCCUGCCUCAUCAUGAUCCUCGUCUACCUGCGAAUCUACGUGAUUGCCAAGCGCAGCCACUGCAGAGGUCGCAGGGCCAAGAGGGCCUCAGGGGAAGGUGAGUCCAAGAAGCCCCGUCCUGUCGUUGGGGGAGCGCCAACCUCAGCUAAGGUGCCCACCCUGGCCUCUCCUCUGUCUUCUGUGGGAGAGGCCAAUGGACACCCCAAGCCUCCAAGAGAGAAGGACGAGGAGGAGAGCGCUGAAGAUCCUGAGUCCAGGGCUCUGCCUCCCGGCUGGUCUGCCCUUCCCAGAUCAGCCCAGAGCCAGAAGAGGGACCCUGGUGGGGUAACUGCAGAGGAAGCAGCGGAAGAGGAAGAGGAGGUGGGAGAACGCGAACCCCCAACACUGCCAGCGCCUCCCGCCUCAGUACGCGGCCCAGCCUUGCAGCAGCCUCAGGCUUCCCGGGUGCUGGCUACACUGCGUGGCCAGGUGCUUCUGGGCAGGGAUGUGGGUGCUGCCAGCGGGCAGUGGUGGCGCCGGAGGGCACAGCUGAGCCGAGAGAAGAGGUUCACCUUCGUGCUGGCGGUGGUCAUUGGCGUCUUUGUGGUCUGCUGGUUCCCUUUCUUCUUCAGCUACAGCCUGGGGGCCAUCUGCCCCCAGCACUGCAAGGUACCACAUGGCCUCUUCCAGUUCUUCUUCUGGAUCGGCUACUGCAAUAGCUCGUUGAACCCGGUCAUCUACACCAUCUUCAACCAGGACUUCCGCCGUGCCUUUCGCAGGAUCCUUUGCCGGCAGUGGACUCGGACUACCUGGUGAGCCUGCCUGCUCACUGCCUGUGCCUGGGUUGGUACCAGGACCACCCCCCAUAGUCUAUGUGGCCACUUCCCUGGGACCCACUUGCAGACCUCAUCCUCAGGCCCCCUCCCGCCCCCCCCCAAAGGGGAAAGAACAAAAGUGCUGUUCCAAGGGGCCCAUUUGAAACCUCCCCUUGCUGACUGUACUGUGGGGUAACUUUUCCCUACUCUCUCCUGAGCAAGGGUAGCUUGGACCUUUCCAAAUGUGGCCAAGGACAGACAGGAAUAGAAUACCUCCCUACCAGCCACCUGUAAGCCAACAGGCAGGCUUCCCUUUCCUGGAGACCCCCUGUGCCUUGGCAGGCCACUUGUGGUGGUUUUGUUGUUCUUCUUGUUGUUCUUUUGUUUGUUUGUUUGUUUGAUUUUUAUUUUUUUGAGACAGGGUCUUCUAGCCCAGAUCAGUCUCAGACUCGCUGUGCAGCCUAAGGAUGAUCUUGAAAUUCUGGUAAUCCUGCCGUCACCUUCCAGUGCUAGCAUUACAGGUGUUCACCACCAUGCCUGGUUUUUGUGAUACGGGGGAUUGGAUUCCGGGCUUCAAGCAUGCUAGGCAAGCAUUCAACCAACUGAGCUACAUCCCCAGCCUUGAUCUUCCUCAUGCCCUUCAAAGAGCAGGACGCCAGUCUUCUGCAUGUCCCAGGAGGACCUGAUGUUGAGAAAGAGGAUGAAAUGAAGAUGAUUCACCCAUGUUGAGCACCUGUGGUUCAGUGACUACUGGGAUGGGGUAGUUAUGGGCUAGCAUUGUUCUGUUUAGAUUUGUAGCUCUUUUAAGGCUAGAAGCAUGGGUUGGUUUUCUCACUCAGCAUCCCUCUGGGAGGCAAGUGGGCAUGUGGAUGCCGGGGGAGAGGGGGUCUGGAAGCCUGGCCUCAGCCUCAAUAGGGGCUCCUGAUCAUUGGCAUUCACCCUUGCAAAGAGCAGAGCGACAAUUGCCUGCCGCCUACUUGCGGCAGGGAGAUGAAAGGCUUUGCAGAGAGCUUUGAGCUCCAUGGGGGAAAAGCGCUAGAGAGCCAGCAAAUGUGAUUAUCUGGUGAUAUAAAAAUCCCUUUCCUGUGUGUUUACCGCUGUGAGCCUUCCUGUAGACUUUUGUUCUGUGCUUGGGGUGUGUGAAUUCCUACCCCAAACUGGAAGUGGGUUGAGGUGAAUUCCAGAAUUUCUUUGAGAAUACAUUCUUGUGCCUGAAAAGGUUGGCGCUAUUAUGCUGAUGUCGGCUUCUCCAUCGGUUACCUGUAACACCAACAGAGUUCUCAGUGGCUUGGUACCAGCCCCAUUAGGGGAUAAGUCCUUUGUCAUCGAGCAGGCAAAUCGUUUCCCUAAGCUAAAAAUACUCACAUCAAGGAAGCAGUCUGAGAUGAGAUCCUCAGGUGGAGUGCUGGGGCUAGAGCAGAGCCACCCUCUGCGGGGCCCGGACAACUCCCUGAACCCCAUGUGGGCCUGUGGAGACAUAACUAAUUCUGCCCUAGCCUAGAAGCACGUCUCUCUGGCUGUUAAGAACCCUCACAGUGAUAUGGCUAUGCACCGGGGCGCCUCUGCCUCCUGGUUGUCUCCCCAACUUAGGAAGUGCUCCCCAGAGUGACUGGGCACCUAUAAGGGCACCUGUAGCUUGGGCAACAGACCUCUUAGCCUCUGGGAAGGGACAGCUUGAGCCAAGCAGGCUAUUAGUCCAGGAUGGAUUUAUCAGAUUUGGAAGGUGCUAAGGGAGUUUUCACGAGUAGAGACAAUGGUGGGUACCAGGUAGAAUCCCCCCUAGAGAGGAUGACUGGUCCUGGGUUGGUUGGUUGCAGUUGUGAGGCCAGGACAUUGAUUUGGGUGUGGCUGGGGGCUGAUUGUUUGUUUGUUUGUUUGUUUGUUUAUUUGAUUGGUUUUGGUUUUUUGGAGACACAUUUUCUCUGUGUAGCCCUGGCUGUCGUGGAACUCACACUCCCUCGACCAGGCUGGCCUUGAACUCACAGAGAUCCACCUGCCUCUGCCUCCCACGUGCUGGAACUAAAGGCAUGUGCCACCAGCUGAGGGGCUGAUUUGUAACCAUCUGUUGGCUGAUCUUGGGUAUGCUCCUUGGGACCCAGGCCCCCUGUUGUGAUAUGCAGGUGUUUCUAAGACUCUGAACUAUUUUAUCAAUAAAGGUUAUUUUGUA